AUGACCAAGAGUCCAAUUCACGAACCAGAUAACAAGUUGGGAGAGUCAAAUGACGAUUCUGGUCAAAUUCCAUCACUCAUCAACAAGGGUGCAAGUGACAACCAACCAUCAAAAUCUGUUGAAGAAACGAACGAUCUCAAAAAGAACCCACAGCCAAAGUACAUUGCUCACCUAGCCGACGAAAACUUGGAUAUGGAAGAACCGACUGAUGAAUCUGAUCAAGAGAGUUCUGAGACCAAUGGCAGCGAAGUGAUUGAUUUGUCCUCGGAUGAGGAAGUGAUCAUCGACGAGACUGAUUGA